UUAUUGAGAGGCAUCUUCAUCGCAGCCACCCCUAAAAAUUUUCUCCUUUCGUUUCACAUUAUUUCAUUUCCAACUCGUACUUCGGAAUUUAAAAGUUAAAGUGUAGAGAGAGUGACGGCGUCGUUUUCAUCUCUCCGAACACACAGAGGUGACCUGAGAUCAACACUAACGAAAGAAAACAAUUAACACAAACCCUAAUUCCAAACGACGACGAUGUGGAGAAGAAUCUGCUAUUCACGCCUCAGAACCCUAGCACUUGCUCAAGCUCAAUCUUCAUGUCGAUCUGCAUCUAUCGCUCCUACAAUCGCUCUGUCCGCUAAUCGAUCCCUCGUUUCUCCCCCAGUCUUCGCAGCUUGCCUCUUCUCCUCUGAACCAGAGACUUCUGUGAAGAAGAGGGUUGAGGAUGUCAUGCCUAUUGCUACUGGACAUGAGCGGGAGGAGCUCGAAGCUGCACUUGAGGGAAGGGAUAUUCUUGAGAUAGACAACCCUGCUGGACCAUUUGGCACUAAGGAAGCACCUGCUGUUGUCAAGUCUUACUAUGACAAGAGAAUAGUUGGCUGCCCUGGAGGCGAAGGCGAGGAGGAGCAUGAUGUUGUCUGGUUUUGGCUGGAGAAAGACAAGCCACAUGAAUGCCCAGUGUGCUCACAGUACUUUGUGCUGGAAGUGGUAGGCCCCGGUGGACCACCAGAUGGACAUGGCGAUGAUGAUCACCAUCACUGAUUGCAUCUGUUAAUUUUCCUAUUGGAAUAAAAUAUUGAGGAGUCGAUGAGGCAGUUUCCAGUAUACACUGCAGCUUCAAAAGUUGAAAAGCUCUUGUAUUGUUUGUUUUGGAUGGUCCUUAGUUCUUGUGGCUGUUGCUUUCCCAAAGUUUGGGACGGUAUCUUUUUGUGGUUAUUCAAGACACGGGUCAGUCAUCUGUUGGAACUAUGGAUCUUUUUAGGUUUCCUUUAAUGCAUUGCCAAAUAAUUAGAUGGCUACAUUUCAAUUCUUUCCUGAAACAUCUUGAUGCUAGUUUUUAAAGGAAUCAUUUUUUUGUGGUUUUAUAA